AUGGCAGGUGAAAUACUUUAUUCACUUAGUCCAAAGUCGAUCAAGAGAGGAAUCUUACAGAACCUCCAAAAGUUGUCUGUUCGAAAGCAAACAACAAAUCCUCCACCACCGAAUGAUGGCUCGAACUUCAUCAUAUCACCAGCAACACCUCCGCUCACUGAUGAUUAUCAUGAUUAUUUAAACUUCACCAUGGGUAGAGAAUCAAUCUAUGCUUCGGCAGCUAAUGUCAUGGGCAAUGAAUCGAUCUAUGCUUCAACAGUCGACUCCAUUGAUACUUCACCUUUGACACCUCCAAUUUUUGAAUCACCAUUUCUUGAAUCACCACCUCCUGGAACUCCACUCCUAGAACUUCAACAAUUAUCUUGGCCCUUGCCAGAAACCCUCCCAAGAAUGUUCCUCCGCUCUUCAACCCUGACAACCUUCAGCCUCUUUCCCUACCUCCCUAAAGAACUGCGCGUCAAAAUCUGGAAACUUGCUGCCAGGCACCCCCGCAUUGUACACCUCACCUAUGACCACUCAAUAGAGUCACUCGUUUCACUUAGUCCCAUUCCUGCACUUCUCUCUACCUGCGGCGAAGCGCGCGAUGAACUCCUCGCUCUUUUCAAACAGCUGUCUCUUCCAUCCUCAGCAUUUGGAGCUAGAAUUUACGUAGAUCUCGAUGUUGACACUGUUUAUGUUCGACGACCUACAACUUCUGAAUAUGCGAGUCCUUAUACUAGUAAUUUCAUGACUACCAAGGCGAUUUUUGGUGCUAAUGAUUCGGCCGCUCGUCAUCCAUUGAGUGAUGUUAAACAUCUUGCAAUCGAUUCUUCACUUAUUGAUUCACCAAUCGAACUUCGUCUUCUCUGGGGCGAUUGGAAUCAUCGUUCUAAACCUUCGGAUUUAAAAUUGAGGGAGCUGGAAACUCUCAAAAUUGUUUUUGCGCCCAUUGGUAAGAGACCUGAGUUGAGAAAGGUUCGAGGACGUCCGCAGAUUAGUUGCGAUUGGGAGAAUAAUGGUAUUGAGAGUGUUUCUAUCUUGUCAAGAGAAGACAUGAUGACAGAACCUUCCUUUUCUCGUCGAGUUUUCAAUUAUAGACAAGGAGUGUUUGUGCCACAAGAUCCGGAUUUCUUGAGCAGAGUUCAUGUUUGCGAUAAUAAUGGGGAGGGAAGGGGAGAGAAGGAUUUCGAAUGUCCAGGUUGUCAUGAAUACAUGAGUUUGGGUGCGUAUAGAGCGUAUAUGAAUAUGAUGGAACGCGAUAUUGUGGGUUGGAGAAUACCAGAGUUUGAGGGGGUUGUGUAUGAGAGGGAGAAUGAGAAAAAUAUGGAGUAUUGUUUGUGGGGUUGA